GUAAACGACGCUUAUCUCGCACAAUGCAUCUCUUCCAUCCCCGAGGAUCGCCUGAUUGGUCCUCUCAAGCCCACCAUCAACGAGAUCUUCUCUGCCUGCCUCAGAUAUUUGAGUGAUGUGAAUUUCAUACGAGUGGCGCAUGCUCUUGAAACCCUAGCCGUGUUUCUGAGGGAGAUUUUAAAAAAGCGGUUUGCGGAGCAG